UUUGGUCUGUUAUGUUUCGCUGUAGGAAGCAAAGACAAUGAAGAAAUGAUAGGAGGAUUGUUCAUAUAUAACCACAAGGGAGAGGUCCUCAUCUCCCGUGUGUACAGAGAUGACAUUGGGAGAAAUGCAGUAGAUGCAUUUCGAGUCAAUGUCAUCCAUGCACGUCAACAAGUGCGGUCCCCUGUGACCAACAUUGCUCGUACCAGCUUCUUUCACAUUAAGCGGUCCAACAUCUGGCUGGCAGCAGUCACCAAACAAAAUGUCAAUGCUGCUAUGGUCUUUGAAUUCCUACUCAAAAUGGUGGAGGUUAUGCAGUCAUAUUUUGGAAAAAUCACAGAAGAGAAUGUCAAGAAUAACUUUGUCUUGAUAUAUGAAAUCUUAGAUGAGAUCCUCGACUUUGGAUAUCCACAAAAUACAGACACAGGCAUUUUAAAGACUUUCAUCACUCAACAAGGAGUCAAAUCUCAGAGUAAAGAGGAGACGAGUCAGAUAACGUCCCAAGUUACCGGGCAGAUUGGCUGGAGGAGAGAGGGAAUCAAAUAUCGUCGUAAUGAAUUGUUUCUGGACGUGCUGGAAUCUGUCAACUUGCUUAUGUCACCUCAAGGUCAAGUAUUGAGUGCUCAUGUAGCUGGAAGAAUAGUGAUGAAAAGUUACCUCAGUGGAAUGCCAGAAUGUAAGUUUGGAAUCAAUGACAAAGUGCUGAUGGAUAGCAGAGGCCGUGGCAAUCUAGAUGACUCUUCCACUAGACCUGGAGCAAGCAGCGGAAAGAGUGCAAUAGCAAUCGACGACUGCCAGUUUCACCAGUGUGUAAAGCUCAGUAAGUUUGAGACUGAGCACAGCAUCAGCUUUAUUCCACCUGAUGGAGAAUUCGAACUCAUGAGAUAUAGAACCACUAAAGAUAUAAGUUUACCAUUCCGAGUUAUACCACUUGUGAGAGAGGUUGGACGUUCAAAGAUGGAGGUCAAGGUCGUAGUCAAAUCAAACUUCAAGCCCUCAUUGCUUGCACAGAAAGUUGAAGUACGCAUUCCAACUCCAUUGAAUACCAGUGGUGUACAAGUGAUCUGCAUGAAAGGCCGAGCAAAGUACAAGGCUAGUGAGAAUGCCAUUGUUUGGAAGAUUAAAAGAAUGGGCGGGAUGAAAGAAUGUCAGUUGAGUGCUGAGAUUGAACUUUUGAACACCAGCGACAAAAAGAAGUGGACUAGGCCCCCUAUAUCUAUGAGCUUUGAGGUUCCAUUUGCUCCUUCUGGAUUCAAAGUUCGCUACCUUAAAGUAUUUGAACCAAAACUGAACUACAGUGACCAUGAUGUCAUUAAGUGGGUGCGAUAUAUUGGCCGCAGUGGACACUAUGAGACCAGAUGCUGACCAUAAGUCUGUAAACGUAAAGCUGAAUAUUAGGACUUCUCCAUUGGAUUCAAAAUAGACAUUAAUGUUCAUGGGAUCAGACAUGUUGUGAAUGCUAAAUACUGAUAGAGAUUAUGUUAAGAUAUAUUGGUUGUAUAGAUACUAGGAAUUGGUGACAGUUAUUCCCCUUUACAUUUUAAACUGUGAAAGUAUUUGGUGUUACUAAGUGUGUAAUUUUUGUUCUUAGCUUAUUGUAAAUGUUAUGAAAUUUUAUGGAUAUACAUUUGUAAGUAUGAAAUUAAAGACAUCUUUCAUUUUACCUAUAGUAUGAUAAUCAGCUGUUUAUUAAGUAAAUAUUGUAAUUUAUAUAUUCAGCCUCUGUAACAGUGACCUGUAAGCUAUAAAUGAUAUUAAGGGAUUUAACUACAUGUAUAUAAAAACUUUUACAUUGUGCCAGCAAAUGUCCACCUUUCUUUUUUGGAAGAUUUAUGAUUGUAUAUUUAAAUGAAAUUUUUCUGGUAAGAUGUUUAGUCAUGUUAUCAGUUUAAUUUUUGAUAGUUUAUGACACUAGAAUAACAAAAAAAAUGUAUAUUAAAAUUUUAUCUAUUCUAUUGAAUGACUAAGUUUGAUGCCAAAUUUUGACAUGAAUUGAUGUGUAGUAAUAUAUUAGAAUCAAAUAAAAGUUAAUCCCUGUC